AUGGAAGAGAUAACAUCUCUGGAAGCUCGGCUCAGCCAGCUCAAGGGAGAACACAAUGCACAGGCUUCGAUCUCCAAGCUCCCACCAGAAAUCCUCAGCGAGAUUUUCCUUCAACACGCGGCCAGCAUUCGCGAGAAGCAACUCAUAUCUGCGCUACGUGAAUGCGACGAGGACACCCUCGUACACAAAUCCUUAUAUGCCUGGCUCAACGUGACGCACGUUUGUAGGCACUGGCGAGAUGUCUCUCUGAGCUGCGUGCGCCUAUGGACCUGGUUCGCCUUCGAGCCACGAAUCGGGAACGACAUCAUCGAAACCCUGCUUCCUCGUGCGCAGAGCAUGCCGUUCACCUUCGUCAUCCCUCUGUUCAGCCCCAACUCCUAUUGCAAUGGGUGUCUUCGCCUUGAUCGGCUCCUCGACCGCUACGCUCGCAUGAUACAUCACCUCAAGCCACUCGUCCCCAGGCUCCGGGAGCUCAUACUUUUGCUCGACUGGGAAGAGUGCGAAACUAUAUGGGAAGCGCUUGCAGGCCCUGCUGAUUCUAUCGAGUCUGUCCGGAUUGAGGCAGUAGGGGAAUCCCGACUAGCCAGACAUUCGGUCCCUUUCGUCCCAACCCACAUAUUCGGCGGGGCCAUCUUGCCACGUCUACGCUCUGUUGUCCUGUCAGGCGUUGUCAUCCAAAUGCCAAACUCCCUUCUAGGCCCUUCCCUUCUACAUCUCGACAUCUCCUGCUGCGAUAUUGGCGAGAACGACAGCAUCUGGAAUCUCAUUCUCGUGUUACGCUCGCUACCCCAACUCGAGACCCUUCGCGCUAGCUGGCGAAGUUCCCAUAUUGUGGCCCCGAACUUUCAGCCACAACUUCCCCCCAUUUCCCGCGAACCCAUCAUCGCGUUCUUACAUCACCUCAAAUACAUCGACCUCUCCGGCAAGAACCAGGAGAUCGCCACCGUCCUCAUGCAUACCCGCUGGCCGUUCGAGACGCGUAUGCGCUUCCACGUCGUCAACGCCGUCAACCGCGCCAACAGAGAAUACUUCCAGCUCGCCUUCCGCAACCUUUUCUCUAAGGAGACUAUCCGCGAGGCCACGUGUAUCACGAGCGACUCGGGUGUCCUGCACAGCGUCUCGAUGUGGUCUAUCGACGGCGAGCCUCAGGAAGAAUCUCACCAGUUCGGCGACUUUGGCUGGACGGGGGAGGACGCCCGUCCCCGGCUUCAGAUCGGCACCCAGCACGGGUUCGGGUACAACGCCGUCGUCACAGUCCUCGAAGCAGUCGACCUCACGCACCUACGUGCGCUCUCUGUGUCCGGCACCCAAACCGGGCGCCAGUGGGCGAGCACGUUCCAGCGCGCAAAGCGGCUCGCCGCCCUCCGCGUCAACGGCGCGUCCGCCUUCGGGCUUCCGGCCCUGCUGGCAGAGAACACCGGCGUGCUCGACCCGCAGGACGUCGCCCUUGCGAUCCGUGCGGGGACGGACCAGUGGCAUUGGCUCGCGUUCAACAAGGACGCCAGGCAGGAGGCCGCACACGACUCCCCCGAGGACGCGCAGGCACGACAAGACAUGGAGCUCAGCGUGCGCGCUUCCGAGGCCCUUGACGACGCGAUGGACGAUGAUGUCCCGAGCCAGGCCGAUGUGAGCGCGAGCGCGUCCAGGACGGGGGCGACGGUCAGGCCCAAUCACGAACUGCCUCGCGUCCUGUUCCCCCAAUUGCGCGUACUGCAGAUCACCAGAAUUGACAUCGCCUCGGAGGACGCAGGGGGCUCUCAUCUGAAGGGCAGGCACGAGUCGACCUCUGAUUCGAUGUUGUACCAGACGAAGGGGAUCCAGUACGGGCUAGACAUCGUCGCGCUCGGGCGGUGUUUGCAGAUGCGUCGCCAGCAAGGGGCCUCGGGCAUGUCGUUGGAAUUUGAUGACUGCCACCUUGAGGACGUGGGGAAUCUACAAGUGUUAGACGGGCUCGGAGUGGAUUUACGCUGGGAUGGGCAGCUCGUGAUCCCGACGAGUUGGGACUGA